AUGGAGGCCAUCAAGAAGAAAAUGCAGAUGCUGAAGCUGGACAAGGAGAAUGCCCUGGACCGGGCAGAACAGGCAGAGGCUGAGCAGAAGCAGGCGGAGGAGCGGAGCAAGCAGCUGGAGGAUGAGCUAGCUGCCAUGCAGAAGAAGCUGAAGGGGACAGAGGAUGAACUGGACAAAUACUCUGAGGCCCUGAAAGACGCCCAGGAGAAGCUGGAGCUGGCAGAGAAGAAGGCGGCAGAUGCUGAGGCUGAAGUGGCGUCUUUGAAUCGCCGUAUCCAGCUGGUAGAGGAGGAGUUGGACCGAGCUCAGGAGCGCCUUGCCACAGCUCUGCAAAAGCUGGAAGAGGCAGAGAAGGCAGCAGAUGAGAGUGAAAGAGGCAUGAAAGUCAUUGAAAACAGAGCUCUGAAGGAUGAGGAGAAGAUGGAACUGCAGGAGAUCCAGCUCAAGGAAGCCAAGCACAUUGCAGAGGAGGCAGACAGGAAAUAUGAGGAGGUUGCUCGGAAACUGGUGAUCAUUGAAGGAGAUCUGGAGCGUACUGAAGAGAGAGCCGAGCUCGCAGAGUCUAAAUGUUCCGAGCUGGAGGAGGAGCUGAAGAAUGUCACCAACAAUCUCAAGUCUCUUGAGGCUCAGGCUGAGAAGUACUCUCAAAAAGAGGAUAAAUAUGAAGAAGAGAUCAAGAUUCUGACUGAUAAACUCAAAGAGGCGGAGACCCGUGCUGAAUUUGCUGAACGCUCUGUAGCCAAGCUGGAGAAGACCAUUGAUGAUCUGGAAGAUGAGCUCUAUGCCCAGAAACUGAAGUACAAAGCAAUUAGUGAGGAACUGGACCACGCCCUGAAUGACAUGACUUCCAUAUAAACUGAAAUCCACCAAAGAGGAGCAUCUCUGCACGCAAAGAAUGCUGGACCAGACCCUGCUAGACCUGAACGAGAUGUAAUGGAUCCCUGGCACUGCCUCCGCCCUGCGACGCCAGCCCAGCUGCUGCUGCCCUCUAACCCUGGCACCCGAGUUUACUUUCUGUUGCCAACUUGACCAAACACAAAUCUCCUUUGUUCCUGGGUUAAAGGCCACCAGGUUGGGCAGAGCUUCAAACAGCAUCAGUAAGGGAAAAAAAACAAUGCAAUAAUGUUUGGAAGAGCAUGUUUGAGAUGUACACAUUUUGUAACUACCUUUUUUGUAGCAACCAUUGUAAACAUUCCAAAUAACUUGUGAGGCUGGUGAGCUACACUUCAAAGCUCUUGGCUGGCUUUAAAAUUUGGUAUUAACCUUCUGUUAAUCGGCUCUGGGCCACCCUGCUUGGGCAGGGCAGAAAUGGAUAUGAUGGUUCUGGCUGCAAGUCAGAGUAGCCAGGCUAGGGAUGAAAGGCCUGUUGGGAAAACUUCCUUUCCAGGAGCUGUUUGCCAAAAGCACAGUUCAGUUUUUCAGCUUUAAGGUAACUCUGUGUUAGGAAGGAACAACUUGGGUGAAAGGCAUCUUUAUUUUGGGUUUGGUUUUUUUUUUGUUUUUAAGCCAAGCUAUGUGAACAAUUGAACCAAUUGAUUCUUCACAGGGAUUGUGUCCCUUCCCCUCUACACCUGAAGGGCUUAGAGAAGCCACUGUCCCUGUAACCCAUUGCUACCCUGGGGCUGACUCUGCCUUCACUAAGUGCUGAUGCACCAAGCUUCACUGCUCAUCACGGGGUUACACUUAACAGCUUAAGUACAACAGCCUUGUGUUCUUGGAGAAGUGUUUUUGCCUACCUGGAGGGAGGGAACCAAGCCUUCCCUCCUGCCCAGGACUGCUCUUACUGUCUUAAUUGAGUACAAGCCAUCUUGCUGUGCAUUGCUGAUGUGUCGUGGUUGUGAGGUGUGAGUGUGGCAGUGUCACGCUCGCAGCGUGCAGCUUGUGGUUUGAGCAUGCUGCUUGGUUGUAGCAGUUUUUGGGGCCAAUCUGGAGACAAAAACCCCUAUCCAGUGUUUUGAUACUAAAUUGAAAAAAUUGUGUUACUGUCUUUUGAAAUAAAAACUGAUCCCUCCACA